CCUAACACCAAACCCAGACCGGGGGGGUGGGGGGAAGAUGUCUUCUGCCUCUCCCACCACCGCGAUUCCCAGCGUGGUGGCGACGAUCAAGCAAGAAAACGUCCUGGAAAUGUUCUGCAGCGGGGCGAGCGAGAAGGUAACCUCGGGCGGCUCGACUCCCACCUCUGCAGCGCCUUCUGGUCUCGCAGCGGCGGCGGCUCCUUUUGCUAGGAAGGAAGAAGCCGGGGAAGGAGAGGAGGACGAGGAGGAGGAGGAGGAAGAAGAAGCGGCCGGUAGAGUUGCGGGUCAAGUUCUACUCCAUUCGGAACUUUUGCUGCGGAGUCAGGGCGCCGUUGCCGCCGCGUCUCCCUUGUCGUCGCCUUCGCCUCGGUCGUCGUCCUCGUCUUCCUCCUCGCCUCAGGCUCUGCUGGCUUUCUCCCCGGACCACGUCGCUUGCGUCUGCGAGGCUUUGCAGCAAGGCGGGAACCUCGACCGCCUGGCCCGGUUCUUGUGGUCCCUGCCCCAGAGCGACCUGCUACGUGGCAACGAGAGCCUGCUCAAAGCCCGGGCGUUGGUGGCUUUCCACCAGGGACUCUAUGCCGAGCUCUACGGGAUUUUGGAAAGCCACAGCUUCGACGCCGCCAACCACCCGCUCCUGCAGGAGCUCUGGUACAAGGCGCGCUACACCGAGGCGGAGAGGGCCCGCGGCCGACCCCUGGGCGCCGUCGACAAGUACCGCCUGCGCAGGAAGUUCCCGCUGCCCCGCACCAUCUGGGACGGCGAGGAGACGGUCUACUGUUUUAAGGAGAAGUCGCGCAAUGCCCUCAAGGAGCUCUACAAGCAGAACCGCUACCCUUCCCCGGCCGAGAAGCGCAACUUGGCCAAGAUCACCGGCCUCUCGCUCACGCAGGUCAGCAACUGGUUCAAAAACCGGCGGCAACGGGAUCGCAACCCCGCCGAGCCGCAGUCCAAAAGUGAGUCGGAUGGUAAUCCCAGCACAGAAGAUGAAUCCAGCAAGGGGCAAGAGGACUUGUCUCCACGUUCCCUUGCGAGCACCUCUGAUGGCGGCACCAGCUUAAGCCUUCCUAGCCCAAUGGAGCAAGUAUAUAUGCAGCAACUUGGAAACUCCAAAAUAUCCUUAAGCUCUUCAGGAGUUUUACUGAAUGGAAAUCUGAUGCCUCCCAAUCCAUCUGUUUUUCUUAAUGGUACUUCUUUCAUUCAGGGCCCCAAUGGUCUCCUUCUCAAUGGUCUCAGUGUGGGAUCUUCUCAGGCGGUAUCAUCAAAUCCACUUAAAACAUCGCCCAAUGCUUUGAGCAAUGGAGUCUCCAUGGGUGACAUGUUAGACCCUUCCUCAGAAGAUGUGAAAGACUUCAAAAUCCUCCAAACCUCUCUGUCCAAUUCCAUUGCACCAUCAACACCUACAACAACAUACAGUCCCAAUUCUGGGCCUGCCUCUUUCCCAGGCUUGACACCAAGCAUGGAAGUAAAGAGGGAAGAAAGUGAAGAAGCAAUAGCAUCGCAAGACAGUGGCUCAGUAGUCACUUUUACCGCUCCAAUCCAAAUCAAUCAAUAUGGCGUUGUCCAAAUCCCUAAUUCAGCAAAUAGUAGCCAGUUACUUAAUGGAGGCCUCAGUUUUUCCCCAAUGCAGCUGCCUCCGGUAUCAGCAGCAACUUCCCGAGGUAGUCUUUCCAUUAACCAAGGCACAUCAAGCAAUGGCACAUUUACUACUGACUCUACGAUAGCACAACAAGGGAAAGUGUUUUUCAGCUCCCUUGCUCCCAGCACGGUGGUGUACACCAUCCCAAACACCACCCAGGCAGUUGAGCCGGUGAAACAGGAAGGACUGGAAACGAGCCUGGUGUUUUCUCAAGUCAUGCCCCUUGGUCAAAAUGCCCAACUUCAUGCUAAUCUACCUUCAGAAAACUUAUCCAAUGGGGUCCUCCAGCCCGGAGGAGCGUCCUCCUUAGUUAACGUGACUAUAUCGCAUAACUUUUCUCUUGGACCACCUUCCCUUUUAAAUGCAGAAGAACUCAACUCAGCCAUUUCUGAGAACCCACCAAUGCAACCCCCCACAACAAGUGGGCCGCCGACUGUUGUUUCCAUUAGUAAUGCAAACUAUGCAACUCUUCAGAACUGCUCCCUCAUCAACAGCCAUGACCUGGUGUCCAUUUCUCCAGUGCAGUCGGCACUAACAGGGAUCGGUGGGAUAGCAAGCAAUGACAUUGGAUCCCACUCCUCUUUGCAAGGACAUCCCCAUUUCACUCGAGAACAGCGGCUGAUCCUGCAGUCCAUUCCCACUCUAAAGGAAAACUUUUUAUCUGAUUCAGAAAGCAGAUCAGGAAGCAGUUCGGCAAUGCUGGAUUCCAAAACCAAAUAUGUUACUAGCAAUAUAGUUGAUGCCAUCUGUGAAGAACUGGGGACAGACAAGAAACAGCUGGCUAAACUCCAGACAGUACAGAUGGAAGAAGAUAUGCAAGACUUAUAAAAAAAAACAAUUUAAGGUUAAUAAUCUUGUAUUUGCAUUUCAGUAGAAAAAUCUCUUCCUUUGAAGACUAGAAGCACAGCAGUGGGUUCCCACUCCCCCCAUAGGCAUAUAGAAAAAUUAAAAAAUGCACAGUUGAAGAAGAAUCCAGUUUACUAAAAGGAGGUCUUCACUAAGAAUACAAAGUUGCCAUGCAAUUUUUGCAUGAAUGCUCACUUUUGUUAAGCCUGAUCAAAAGGAAUUAUACAUGGCUGGAAGGGAAAUGCCAGUCAAAUAUUAGAUGGCUUGGCUUACCCAAGUAGCUUUCUUUGGAGAAAAUCAAGGUAAUUUCAGAAUAACCAAUAGCUAUUGAUUAGGAACAAGAUUAUCUUUCUAAAAAGACUGGAACUCAAAGAGAAAAGACAUACUAGGGGUUUUUGGGGUUUUUUUUGGUCUAGAUUCAAUUUUACUUAUAGAUGGUGGGCAUUGAGAAAGUGGUAUUUCAGUUUUCAAAUUUAAAGGAGUACUUUAGGUAAUACCUCACAAGCUACUGUUACUUUCUUUUGCGAGCACAAUUGCAAAUACUCUCUUUGGUGUGUAUGUGUAUGUUUGUGUGUGUGUUGUUAAAAGUUUUCCACCAGAAUAUCACUCUCUGCACUCUCAAUUUUUUAUAGUUUUGGAAAUGGUACAAGUUUUCUUUGUCUUGUUUGAAUCAGUAGGGGAGGGGAAGAAAACAUUUUGCCACUUGAAAUUAUGCAACCCAGAAUCCUUGGCUCUGCCACCUAUGUAAAUAUUAUUUUAAUUGUGCUAAUGAGAAUUGUUUUUAUUAGUAGGAUGAUUCUAUUUAUAAUCAUUGGUGUCCAUUUUAUCAUUUUGAGAUAUGAUGAGCAGUUUAAUUUAUUUUUUCUUUCUGUAUUUUUGAACAGGAAAUUAUUUCUGCCUAUUUUUAAAGAUUUCUUUCCCCUAUAAAGCUUUAUUAAUUGAUUUUCUUUCUCUUUUUGGGGGGGGUGUAACAAUUUGGACUGGUCUUAUAUUUGACUAUGAACAAAUGCAGUUAUAGGCUUUGGGACAAACAUUUGUGAAAGUGUUACUUCUGUUUUAGUUUUAGAUAAUUUUACAAGAUUUGAGGAUGGCUGCUGGUUGGUUUAUUUUUUAAAUCCUAUGUGCCUUUCUUCCUAGUGGCCUUAAAUCCUUGUUCUAACCAGCACAGCUGUUAAGCAGUGGAAGACUGCCUAGAACAGUGGUAAAUUCCUCUUUGCUGGAGGUUUUCAAACAGGUUAGUUAUUCUCCAAGGAUGAUUUAAUUGAAUCCUGUACUGAAGGGAGGGUUGGACUAUAGAUGAUCCAGAAGGCCCCUUCCACCUCAUAUAUUCUAUGAUUCGUCAACAUAGGAAAAGAGAAGUCUGUCUGGCAGCAAUUAAAACAGUGGCCCCAAUUCCCUUACAUAUGGAAGAUCCCCUUGAAAACUCCAUUGCUCUGAUAAAUAAAGGAUGAGAGCUUUCCAUAAUAGUAGAUGUGAAAUAAAUACAGGAUACUUCUGACAGAUGGUAUGUUACUUAUAAAUAUUCAAAAUAUUUCCCCUUCUUCCUCCAUAUUCCAUCCCCAACUUGUUGAAUUGCAAUGGUUUGGCAAAGAGCGCUUAUGCCAUCAUUCAUUCAGCCUUUCUGCAUGUUGGAAUGUGCUUACAGGUCUACGAUUUGGGUAAACAUCAGUGAUAACAACUGAAUGUAGGAAUCUCCUCUAACAGAGUGCUUUUUGUUACUGUGAUCAUGCACGAAAGCAUUCUCCCUAUCUUAUUUCUAACUUGUCUCUUUUUGCAACAUACCAAAGAUGAGGAAGAAUGAUCUGGUCAGGUUAUCUCAAGAACCUCUGCAGAAAUAGAACAUGUGAGCAGUUGCUGCCUAUGCUGCAAUUGUUAUUAGAUCAUUAAAGGGGAGGGGGGAAACACAUAUUUGGAACAUUAUUUGUAAACAACUGCGUGCUUAGAAAAAACAAGUCCUUUCCAAAUCCACUAUAUAGCAAGAACCUGAAGGCUAUUUGUUUUAAGUCAAGAUCCUUCUUCCCUCUUGUUUGAUUUAAUGAGGUGAAAAAGAUUGCCUUACUAGCUUUUAUCCCUCUGGAUUACCAGUCAGUGCAAUUCCCAUCAGUUGAAAAAUCUUACCAAAGGCUGAUAGAAUGUGCAUAAAGUGGAAGGAAGUUUUUGAUGUAUGAAUGAGAACCCACCAUGUAGUCGUCUUCUUGAGGUGUUCAAUACAGACAUCAUACUUGGAUCUCUCAUGUUUAUUGUUUUUCCUGCACAUAGAAAAAAAAAUAAGUUUCACAGCUAGUUUUUGAUUUGGCGGAGAAAUUGCUUUCCUAUCAGUAUCCGGUUUUCAAACAUAAAAUGGUGUAAUCUACAAGAAUCUGUUAUCGCAGGAUUCCACUGCACAUGUAAGUGCUCUGUUUAAGUUGCUAAACUGUAGAGGUCCAUCUUAAAUGAAUAAAACAGAAGGUUAAGUGAUUGCACCCAAGAUUGUCCUGACUUUGGAGAAAAGCAUCUCUGGCUUCUUUCAUUUGAGAGAAUAGCUGCAGAAAGGGGGGAGGGGUUAUAGUAGAUACAAUUGCUCCAAUCAAUAGUAUUCCUACUAGCAGAGAGAGGCUGAGCCAAGUAGUUAAUUGAUCAUCUGUUCUGAGAGGAAUAAGUUGUCCUAUACGUGAUCUAAAUUAAUGCAAUUUUGUAAUUUCAGUAAACUUGUAAGAACAGUAUCAAAGUUGUUGUCUGGUUUGGUACUGUAUUGUACUGUAAGUUUAUUUUAAAGAGAUUAAUAUGAUUUCUCCAGUAAUAUAGAAAACUGCUUAGUAGAAUUGUGGAAGUCAUAUGCCUGUAAUUCAGAAAGAUUUUCCUUUCCACUUUAGCAGCGCUUCCUACUCAGAAAUCAGUACAGCUUCCCAAGAUGUAAAGGAAUCUAUUUAAAGGAAAAUCAAAGUUAUGAAUUGCUUAUUCCCACAACAGUUUUUGAAGUGGGAAAAGAUAUUAGGUAGCAGACCCCUUCACUGUGCAAAAUGUGUGUAUGUGUUGGGGGAAAUGCCCACAGGAUUGAAUUUCAUCUCAGAAAUCUGUAUGCACUUUCCAAUUGCCACAAAUGCAUUCUAGAAAAUAUGAUAAGAAAAAAAACCAAACAGGUUUAGAAUUCCCAACUUGAAAUAAUUGUCUUGAAAAAAACAGAGGAUCCAGUUUCAAGACGACUAAGGUCCUCUCCAAAUGUGGCAUUACCACCACAUCUACCGUGUUUCCCCGAAAAUAAGACCCUGUCUUAUUUUUUUUUUAACCCUGAAAUAAGUGCUGGACCUUAUUGCCAUGUGUUCAAAAGUCCGAUUGGGCUUAUUAUCAGGGGAUGUAUUAUUUGAGGGGAAACAGGGUACCCACCUAUAUGGUUGCAUGCUGCUGUCAGUGCCGUUGGGCUGAAGAACUUCUGGUUCAUCAGUGGUACUGCAGAUAUACUUGCCUUGGCCCAGCUCUCUUCCUUUCCCACCUGAGGUUAAAAAGACAUCAGGCCACAGCAUUGUUUCCCUGACUUUGUGACAUGAGGGGGGGGAACAACUGUGCAAUUACUCUUCAUGGUAAUUGGUCACUUUAAAAAAAUAACUUAUGAAUACAUACUUUUGAAGUUAGGAAACUAAUCAAAGAGUAUGUUUCUGCACUCCCCAGUUACUUAGCUGAAGGGGAUACAAGAGCUGUUCAACGGAGAGAAAUCACAGGGCUCUCUGAAAUGGUCUAUGCAAAAAGGCUGUGUGGUCAAUGAUAAAUGUUUCAGCCAUGCAUGCUUGUUCCAGGCUAAACAGUAAAUCAUUUUGACUGCUUUUUAUAGUUACGGCUGGAUUUCUGUUUGUAACAAUUAUGUAUCCAAAAGUGAAUAUCCCCUCAUCUAAACCAGUGGUUCCCAACCUUUUCUUCACUGUGGACCCCCUUUAAAUAAUGUGGACCCCCCUUUUGUGGCCACAGACCCCCCCAAGACCUGGUUAAAAUCAUAACAUUUCUUCAAACAUUUGUGUGUGGACACCCCACUCCACCCCGUGACAACAUUGCAGCCCCCAGGGGUUCGUGGACUACAGGUUGGGAAUCAGCAAUCUAAACAGUUAGAAAACCCAUUCAUUAUUUUUACAUGAUAAUGGGCACAUAAAUCUAUCUAUACCAGAGAGAGAAACUGGAAGAAAUUGGGUGACACAAGCAAAAUUGUGCUUUGAAUCAUAUUUUGUUCCAAAUUUUCUCCAGUAUAAGUUGACUUAUAUGAAUACUGAUUAAUAUUGAGAUAUUUGCAAUAAUGCAAUUUCAUCUGGAUUCCGUUCAUUAAAAUCUAGAUAUCUUUUAUUAGUGUAUCACAUAAAAAUGUAAUAUUUUAAUUCCCAUUCAAGCUAGAAUCCCAGACAAUGUCAUGGUCAUCAAAAAUUACUUUGAAAAAGCGUUUCACAACUCACACAAGCAUAGCGGAUCUCGGCUAUUCAUUAAAGCAGUCUUACUUCUUUUCCAGCCUUCCAGGUAAGGCUGAAUAAAAGAUGACACUUUUUAAGGAGUGAAAACUUACUGGGACACCUAAAUAGUCACUAUUUAGUUUUGUCAGGCUUGUAUUGACAGCAAAAACAGUUGAGUUACUUUAUUGUGUAAUUUAUUUUCUGUGUUAUAUUUUGCCCAAAUGAAAAAGAAAAAUUGAAAAAUUUUAGAAUUCAGCAACAAUAGAGUUGGAAGGAGCCAUUUGGGUCAUCAAUUGAAGUCCUAUGUUUAGUACAGAGACCCAGAUUAAAAUAUCCCUAAUGUCUAUUCAGCCUUUGCUUUAACUAAUCCUUUCUUGAUAAUGGGAAUCAAUAUUUUUCCUACUAUGAAAAUGGAAUGCAAAUUUAAUAAGUUCAGUAAAUUGGUCCUUCCCUGAUCUUCCUUAGUGCCUUUCUCUAAAUCUGUUCCAGUUUAUCUAAAUCCUUUAUAAAGAGUGGUGCCCAGAACUGGAGAACAUUAUUUAAGAUGUAGCUUGACCAAUGCAAAAUAAAGAAAAACUGUCAGCUCUUAAUUUGGAAACUUUCUUCUUUUGAUUCCGCCUACAAGGGCCUUUUGUCUUCUUUGCAGUAAUAUCAGACAAUUGCCUCAUAGUGUUUCUUAUCAAUUGUAAUUCCAAGUUUUUUCCCCACAAAUAAUAUUGCCAAUACUAGGCAUUUGAAUUCUGCUUUGGCUUUGCUUCUGUUACAUUUCAUUCUUUGUUUUCAGCCCAUCUCUCUAACUUCUUCAGAUUAUUUUGAAAUUUAAGGGGGGUUUUUUGGAGGAUGUUAGCUUUUUUUCUACAACCUACUGUUGUGUCAUCUACAAAUUUAACAAGCACCACCAUCUCAUCAUUCAAGUCAUUCAUAAAAGUAUUGAACAGUUGUGGGCCCAGUGUGAAGCCUAUGGAAUCCUACUCCACUCCCUUCAGUAUAAUGUGGUGUGCUAGUGAAGAAUGUUAAGUUAUCCUUUGAUCAUUAUGUAUAUCUCAUAGUAACCAGCCUUCAGUAAAUGGCUAUUGUCCAACUAAAUACAAGUAAGCAAGAAUCUGUUCGUGGGAGGAAUAAAGCAGCCUUUCUUUCCUGUUAUCAGGGGAAUGCAUGUUACUAGAGGUAGUGAAGGUUUUGAACUAUGCCUAAGCUGCUUCUGCAGUUCAUCACUCAGCAGUCAUAUCUUAAAAGGAUAGAUUGACAUGUUUUCUAAAUUUUCUUAUAAUAUUUUAAUAACUUAAUUUUAUACUUGUCAGCUUAAUGAAGAAAGAAAAGCAUGUGAAUAUUACAAUCAGCUUGGACUGUGUCCGUUUGUUGCCCACAAUUUUACACCUGGAACAAAACUUAUUUUGGUAAAUCAAUAUGGUUUUGAUUGUGCCUUAUGACAAAAGAAGAAAAUUACAUGGAAUGUAGAUGUUAGGAGGCAAGCAUGUUGCUGCACUGUUAAGGAAGGAUGCAUUGCAUUUCUGGAGAGAUUGUUGUGCUUUGCUCCCAAACCAAAGAGAUUGGAAAAUAUGUCUGUAUGUUGUACUGAAUAGAGCAGUGUGUCUCAACCUUUGCAACUUUUAAGAUGUGGCUAGGCAUUGAAGAACACCUAUCUUCAAGUUGUCACAGUUGAGAAACAUUAAUGUAGAGGUUUGUGCCUGGAAAAUUGUGUUUUUGUUUGUUUGUAUUCUGAAAUGUGAACUUAUUUUUCUAAACAAUAUAUACUGAAUAAACUUUAUAUUUAUAAA